UUACAUUCCUGUAGCAAGGCUUGAAUAAUUGCUUAUCAUGCAAAUGCAGAGAGCGGUAAUCAUAACCGUAACAAUAUUUCUUUUGAUAUUCUAUUAUUCUGUCUCACAUGUUUCAUCAGUUGACACCCUCAAACAGGGGAUAGGCUAAAUUCUUCUGCAUAUCAGGUUUCUACCUACGAAGUUUUCACUUUAGGGUAUUAUAGCCUCGAAAAUACCAAUAACAGUUAUUUAGGAGCAUGGUUCACGGAUGAUUCAUAUGGUCCAGUAUGGCUUGGCAACAGAGACAAACUUAUUGCUGAUAAUUCUGGUGUUCUCACAAUAAGCAGAAUCAAGAAACUUAUUAUCAACAACAGUGGACGAGAUCCUAUUGAGCUGUACCGAAAUGAAAAUUGAAUGAAUAUAACAGCCACUCUGUUGAAUUCGGGCAAUUUCGUAGUGAAAGAGAUGAAUAGAACUGGUUCUGGGAAUAGGGUUUUGUAGCAAAGCUUUGAUUAUCCCACUGAUCAUAAGGCAGCGAGGAGUGGCUAAUUGGACCAGUGGAGAAUUGAAGGAUUAUAUUGAUGAGGACAGGCCAGAGUUGAAACUCAAGAAAUUUAAGAAUAUAGGCGGUGGAUAUGAUCCAUAUAAUUUUAUUUACAAUUUUGUCAAUGUCACAAAUGGUGGUGAGAAUUAUAUGAGCUACUUCCUUGAAAUAGACCCGGUUCUCACCCCCGAUGAACUAAAAAUUUCUGGAUGGAAGCUAGACUCUGAAGGGUUUAUAUUCGAUCAUAGAAGAAUGGUAAUUGCAAAUGUGCGACGUUGUUAUGGUUAUAACACCCGAGAAGGCUACGAAUUAUGGGAACAGCCUAAGUGCAGGAAUCACAAAGAGACGUUUGCUCGGAGGUCUGGGCAUUUUAGGUCAAUAAGCGAUUCAUAUUCCAUUUAUGAUAACAGUUCAAGCCUUACUGAGAGUGACUGCAGAGGUAACUGCUGGAAUGACUGCGAAUGUGUAGGCUAUACAGCAGGUAGUGAAUCUGGAUGUGUAUAUUGGAAAGGGAAAGAUUUGGCAUUUGAACAGAGUCUUGAUGGUUCGGAAGGUAGAAUACAUAUUCUCAUCUCUGAGCCAGCAAAGAAAGGAAAGAAGAAGAUGAUUUGGAUAAACAUUGCUUUGGUGACUACAGUAGUUCUGCUAUUGUUGGGCAAUUCAUGGUUCAUCAUGCGUAAAAUUAAACAAGGGAAAUUGGAGGAAGAACUUAAAAAAAUGAUAACCCUAGAGGAAUAUACAGACACAGAUGAACUGGACAACGACGGAAGAAAGGGACGUGAUCUCAGACUAUUUACAUAUUCAUCUAUCCUGGCCACUACAAAUAGCUUUUCAUCAGAAAACAAACUGGGUGAGGGUGGUUUCAGCCCUGUUUAUAAGGGAAAAAUGGUCAAAGGGCGAGAAAUAGCAGUCAAAAUACUCUCACGAGGGUCAAAUCAAGGAUUGCUCGAGUUUAAAACCGAGCUAAUACUUAUAUCUAAAAUUCAACAUGUGAAUCUAGUCAAGUUAUUGGGUUUUUGCAUCCAUGGAGACGAGAAGAUGAUAAUCUAUGACUACAUGCCCAACAAAAGUUUGGACUUCUUUCUCUUUCAUCCAGCAAAGGAGCUCUUAAAUUGGGAUACACGUUUUAACAUCAUCGAAGGGAUUGCUCAAGGACUGUUCUACGUCCACAAAUAUUCACGAUUAAGGAUAAUUCAUAGAGAUUUAAAAGCCAGUAAAUUAUUACUUGACGAGAACAUGACCCCCAAAAUUUCUAAUUUUGGACUUGCAAAAAUCUUCCAUAAGAAUGUGAUAGAAGCAAAUACAAAUAGGCGCGUGGGGACAUAUGGUUACAUGGCUCCCGAGUACGCAAUGCAGGGUAUUUACUCUGCCAAAUCGGAUAUCUAUAGUUUUGGAGUUUUAAUACUUGAGAUUGUGAGGGGUAAAAAAAACAAUUGCUUCCACAAUCAAGAAGGUCCUCUCAAUCUAGUGGAAUAUGCCUAGGAACUAUGGAGCAAAGAUGCUGCAUUAGAGGUCGUGGAUGUGACACUGAAAAGUUCAUGCAGCCAUAUAGAUCAAUUGAAAAGAUGCAUUCAUGUCGGUCUUUUAUGCUUGGAAAAUCGUUCAACUGAUCGCCCUACGAUUGAGGAUGUUCUAUCCAUGUUAAAAAAUGAAACGAAGCUUUUGCCAAUGCCAAAAUGCCCAGCAUUCGUCACAAGUAACGUAGUUCAUGAACUUGAAAAUGGCAAGUCAAAGGAGUUUUCAGCUAAUGGACUCUCAGUGUCAUCAAUGGAUGGAAGAUGAUAGAAUUUUAGAUCUACUCUUCUUUGAGUGGAGGGGGUUAUAUUCAAUAACUGUUAUUCUUCCCGCCUUGUUCCCACCAUCUUCAUUGCUUCAUUUAAUUUUUGUGUUUUCGCUAUUCAUGUUUUCAAGUCUAAUUUUUUGCUUUUAGUACUUAUUUAUUUAUUUUUUUGUUUUCAUUUUUCAGUGUCGAUUUAUAUAAUGAAAUAUAGAACUGUUUUUAUAUU